CGACGCAGCGCAGCGCUCGGCGGCGGAGCUCGGAGCUCUUGCACCUCCAGAGAGACAAUCGAGUCAAGCCAGUUCAGUUGGAAUCUAGUGUCCGCGCCGUGCACACCGAACCCUUUACCUCACGUUUAGUGCCGCCGCGUCUCCGCGUGCAUCGCUAGUGCUGUGUAGGACAAGCUACCCGUCACCAUGUCGGCCGGACUGAGCUGCGGGAGCAGCACCAUCAAGUACCUCCUGUUCUUCUUUAACUUCCUCUUCGCGUUAUGCGGACUCCUGCUGGUGGUCCUGGGCGCUCUGUCGCUACACGCCACGGCGCCGUUGUCGCAGAUCGGUAACCACCUCGGCUCCUCGGCCAUCGUGCUGCUGAUUGCCGGCAUCAUCAUCUUCGUCAUCGCCUUCUACGGGUGCUGCGGCGCCGUCCGCGAGAGCCACUGCAUGCUGGUGACGUUCGCCGUGCUGCUCCUGGUGAUCAUCGUCGUCGAGGUGGUGGCCUGCGUGCUGGCCUUCGUGUACAGCUCGCAGGCGCACGACGAGGUGAACCUCGGCAUCAACAAGCUGUUCGAGAACGCGAACCAGGGCGACGACAAGCUGGCCGGCGAGGCGGUCGACUACUUCCAGAAGAACCUCAAGUGCUGCGGCACCAACGGCCCCUCUUUCUGGCAAGGCCUUUCGCUGCGCCCCUCUUGCUGCGGAGGCCAGAGCGGCUGCACCGUCAUCACCGCCUACCAGGACGGCUGCAAGCAGAAGAUCGAGGACUUCCUCGUCAAGAAUGGCAAGAUCGUCGGCGGAGUGGCCAUCGGCGUCGCGCUGGUCGAGCUCCUCGGAGUGUGGUUCGCGCUUGGACUCGCCGGCGCCAUCAAGAAGGCCGAGCGGUCGCGGUACUGAACAUGGAUCUCUGUCUCGCCAACUUGAUUGGUUUUCAAGAUGAUCAAAACAAGUCUUCUGUUCUUAACCCUCGUACUUUAGGCUGUUUAAGUUUUAAAUUAUUGUUUUCAUUCCUGACUAUGACUUUUUAGUUGUGUUCUGUACCCUGCGAGUGCCUGCAAGGGGAAUGCAUAGACGACAUGCCUAACAGUGUCGAUGCAGUAUAUCCGCUGCUUCAAGCAAGUCCAAAGAAAGUUGUACAGUUACCGGUAUGGACAGUAUUUCCGUCCUGUGUUUGCCACUUUAUUGCCUUGAAGUGAAACUUCCGAAGAAUAAAAAGAAAAGGAGUAUGUUAA